AUGACAUCCCUGCCUCUGUCUGAAACUCUGUCCGACACCCUGAAGAAACAGAAGACAAGCCUAGGGGCUCAACUGAAGGAUGUUCUAAAGAAGAGGAGCAGCAGCAGCAGUGACACAAAUACCCCCCAAGACCCCUGUUGGCAAUUGUCUGAGACCCUGGAAACUCUUGGGCUACAGGGUUUUGACAACUCUGACCUGAUACCCCUGACCUCUCUCCUGAGCGCAGCAUCACUGCAUCAAGAACUACCAUCAUCCAGUCUGGAAUUGGGCACUGGGCUAGAGACUCUCUGGAUGCCAUUCAGAUGGCUUCAAGGACUAGAAGUACUGACAGGCAUCAACCCUGAUAUACCUCAUCAACAAGAAGCAGUGGAAGGAGAACAAGGGGACGAGGUCCAAUACUGGCAAGCAGUGACAAGAGUGGCCAGCAGACUGAAACAGAGAGGAGCCACAUGCCUACCAAGGCAUAGUCCAGUGGUACCAAACCCAAUAUGGCUGACCCCCCAGUCCCUUGCCAAGUUCCUCAAUGCUCCCGACUCUCCAUUCCAGAAACCAGCCACUCCCGACAGUGAGCCUGACUCUUAG